AUGGCAAAAAUAACUAAUGGCAAACUAGCAAGUGAAGUUAGUUUAGCAGGAGGUUUGGGCUUUUUACAGACUGGAUAUUUGUCUUAUGAAGAAUUCGAAAAAGAAUUAAAAACGGCUCACGAAUUAUUACAACCUCACAUUAAACCAACUAAUGGCAACUUACCAAUUGGAAUAGGAUUUAUGACAUUCGCAUUAGACUCUCAAUUAUCAUUACCUUUUUCCAGAUCAGUCCUUCAUUUAUCUCUCUCUUAUAAACCAAUAGCUAUUUGGUUUUCAUUUGGUGAUUUUGAAAAAUAUGUUAUCAUAGUACGUUCAUUAUCUCCUAAUACGAAAAUUUUUGCUCAAGUACAGACUAUAGAACAAGCAAUAUAUGCAUAUAAUAACGAAGCAGACGUGAUUGUCGUGCAAGGAAAUGAAAGUGGUGGUCAUGGAUUAAUGAAUAAUUCAUCUACAUCAACUUUAAUACCUGAAACUAUUGAUCAAUUAAAUCAAAUAUAUUCGUCCAGGGGUAUCAAUGAUGAGAAACUGAAAAGGCCAAUUGUGUUAGCUGCAGGAGGAAUUUCUGAUGGCAGAGGUUUGGCAUCAAUCUUAAUGCUUGGUGGAGAUGGGGUUGUAAUGGGUACAAGAUUUGUAGUUAGUAAAGAAUCUUCUAGUCAUCAAAAUGCUAAACAGUGUAUUAUCGACACUAAUGAUGGAGGUAAAAAUACUGUUAGAACGCAAUUAUUUGAUAAAUUACAAGAAAAGAAUGUUUGGGAUUCUCAAUGGGACGGUAGAGCGAUUAAAAAUAAGACUGUCGAAGAAUGGGAAAAAUUGGCUGAUGAAGAGGAUGGCAUCAAUGAAAGAAAAAGGAUUUAUAAAGAAGCUACUUUAGAAAAAGAUUAUUCUAGAGCGGUCAUUUAUGCCGGUACUGGCAUCGGAUUAAUUCACAAUGAAUUAUCCGUUAAAGAAAUUGUUGAAAGCACAGUGAAACUUGCUUUAGAAACUGUUGAACGCGUAUAUCAUUCAAUAGUUUAA